UCUGUUAUAACCAGAGAACAUGGCCUUGUUAUUUGAUAAUCGUAUUCAAAGUACAUUAACAUCCAACACUGAGAUUGCAUGGCAUAGAACAUAUUCUCUGUUGGCUGUUGCAUCCAAGAACUCAAUAGAUGAUGGUGGUGCAGUAAACUUUUACCUUGAUGAAGGUGAGUCCAAUGUAAUUAAAUCUUCAUGUCAAGUAUCUUCUAUGUCAUGGCAUCCAGUUUGCAAGAUUAUUGCAAUUGGUUGGACCAGUGGAGAGUUGAACAUGUGGAAUGAACAUGAUCAUGACUUACAUGAAGUGUACAGUAUUCACAAAAGUAACAUUACUGUAAUCAAGUGGAAUCAUAAUGGACAGAAGCUUGUUACUGCUGAUCAGAAUGGUAUACUUGGCAUAUGGAAAGCAGAUUCAAAAGGAGGUUUAUCACAUGCUCCUAUACGUCAACACGAUUGUGGCUCUGCCAUUACAGCUUGUCUCUUUAGACGUCUAUCAUCUCAGGAAAAUGCUCUGGAUAUGAUUGGUUUGGCGAGAGCUGCUGUAAAUGGAGACGAAAAUGCUCUUGAUUUAUUCUCGUCGGCGAAGGAGCGAAAACAGUCAACUAAUCAAAUUGCCAAUUCGUUUAUCUUUGGUACCGCAGACGGUACUGUCUUUCUUGUGGAUGAUCAUGGUCAUACUACAUCGUCAUUUGCAAUUGACGGAAGUGUUAAAACCUUAUUGUAUUAUGACGGAAAAGAUGCUGUUAUUACUGUCUCAGAUAGCAUGAUGUUGACCCAACAUGAAGUAUUAUCUGAUGGCAAUAUAAAUGAAAUCAUGAAAGUAAAGGUUUCUGCUGGCUCAGGGGAGCGAUCAACGAUUUGGGCUGGUCAAGGUGUUUUAGCGACAGCUUCUGGCGAGAAUGUUUUAAGAAUGGUUGACAUCGGAGAAAAUCAAAACUAUAUUCUUGGACUGCCAAACAGUGAAUAUGAUUCUGGUGAAUGCAUAACUUGUAUAGCUUAUUCCUCAAGUAAAGGUAUUCUUGCUGGUGGAACUAACCUUGGCAAAAUUGCUAUGUGGCACAGCGUCGCAAAUAAGACCGGUGCCGAAGUUGAAGGCGAAAUGAAAUGGGAGCUUUCUUCACCAACAUUAGUGCAAGAAUAUGUUUUACAACUUAAGUGGGGUGGAAAAGGACUCCUUGGGGUCAAUACUGGAUUAUCGGUGAUCAUUCUGAAAGAAUAAACAAUGAAUUCCCACUUUAAUGAUUUGACAGCUGCAAUACAAAUCUCACCGAGUCAAUUGAGAAUAGAGAAAUUUGAGACUUCUGUUUGUCAUGAUUUAAAAACAGAUAUUCACAUCAAAGGAAUAUACAUUCUCAAGGAACAUGUUGUUGUAUGGGACGGUAAACGUGUUGUUGUUUACGAUCUUUCUGCUGAUAUGUCCAUGGUCAGAGCUGCAGGUUCUUUUACAUGCGAUUCCCUUGUUGUUGUUGCGCAUGCUCAAAGUGUUUAUACAUUGGAACCUGGUAAAAUUCAAGUACGAAAUUUUCAGGGAACUGUAAAGCAAGUUCUGUCAUUUAAUGAAUCUGAAGGUGAUCCUAUCGUAAUGGAUGUUUGUUCUUCUUUCUUGGUAUCGGCAACGAUCUUGGGAUUUGUUAAAGUCUGGGAUUUUUCACGAAGAGAGGCCAAGAUCCAUGGUCAAACGAAAUGUUUUGAUUCAACUGCCACAGCAAUAACGAAAAUCCUAUCGGCUAAAGUAAACUGUACCGGAAAUACAGUUUGCAUAACAUGGGAAAAGGGUGAAGAAAUAAACGAUUCAAGACUUUUCGUGUGGGACAUGGAAUUAGAUGUUGUACAAAUUUUUGACUUUAACACCGGUUGCAAUGAUCUUGAUGGGGAAAACCCUACCAUUGAAGUGGCAGGUCGUUAUCCUAUGCAAACACAUUGGGAUCGUUUUGAAUCCAAGCUACUGGUCUGCCGUGCUGUACUCGCCCCAGGUAACGCAGAUCGCGCCAAAGAAGACACGAACCGUUCAAAUGGACCCCUGGAGUCCUUGAUAGUAACGUUGUUUAGCACUCCUGAUCAUGGCAUCAUACUGGUUGAUCAAUUUCCCGAAGAAGAACAUUAUACAGGAUUCUUAGGCGUCCACGUUCCAUUCAUUUACUUCACAACAAAGAAAAGUGAGGUUCCUGACGAGAAAAAAAGUGCCGAUGGGGCAACUGCUCCCUUCAGUUUGCAGCGUGUUUCUACGAGACGAACUAUGAGAGGUUUCGAUGGAUUAGAAAAUGGUUCUGAUGAUGCUAAGCAAGCCAUGUUGAAGUUCACUUAUUUGUCUGCCACGGGCAAUAUGGAUGAAGCUUUUAAAGCUAUCAAACUUAUCAAAAAUCAAUCAGUGUGGGAAAAUAUGGCACGCAUGUGUGUGAAGACAAAGAGAUUGGAUGUGGCGUCUGUUUGCUUGGGAAAUAUGAAAAACGCCCGAGCUGCGAAAUCAUUGAGAAAAGCAAUGAAUGAACCAGAACUUGAUGCUCGUGUUGCAAUACUUGCUAUCCAGCUGAAUAUGUUGGAAGAGGCUGAAAGGCUGUUGAAGUCUUGUAAACGUUAUGAUAUUCUUAAUCAAUUUUAUCAAGCACGAAAUGAGUGGUCCAAGGCUAUUGAGGUCGCUGAACUUCACGAUCGAGUUCAUUUGAGGACAACUUAUUAUAAUUACGCUAAAUUUCUAGAAACGUCAGGAAACAUUCAAGGAGCGAUAACCAAUUACGAGAAGUCGGACACAUUUAGAUUUGAAGUACCUCGAAUGUUAAUGGCCAGUCCUGAUCAACUGGAAAAAUAUAUCAUGAAAACAAGCGAUAAAUCCCUUCGUAAAUGGUGGGCGCAAUACAUGGAAAGCAAUGGGGAAAUGGAAGUUGCCUUAAAUUACUAUGAAGCUGCAAAUGACAUACUUUCUCUUGUUCGAGUACAUUGCUUUUGUGGGAAUAUUGAAAAGGCAGCAGAGAUCUGCAACGACACUGGUGAUCGAGCGGCCAGUUAUCAUUUAGCCAGACAAUUUGAGAAUCAGGAGAAUACUAAAGACGCGAUCCAUUUUUAUACUCGUGCUCAUUGUUUUACAAAUGCUAUACGCCUGGCCAAGGAAAGUGGGAUGGAUAAUGAAUUGAUGAAUCUUGCUUUGCUUAGCAAACCACAAGAUAUGAUAGAUGUUGCAAGAUACUACGAAAAUAAUUCAAAUACGUUAGACAAAGCAAUCAUCUUGUACCACAAGGCUGGCGAAGUUAGCAAAGCGCUUGAUUUGUGUUUUGAAACGGAGCAGUUUUCCACUUUGCAAAUGGUUGCCGGCGAUCUUACGGAAAAUACUGAUCCUGAAAUGUUGUCACGAUGUUCUCAGUUCUUUAUGGAACAUGGACAGUACGACAGAGCAGUAGAGAUAGCUGUUCUAGGGAAGAAAUAUGAAGAGGCAAUGGAUCUUUGCCUUUCAUAUAACGUCCUAAUAAGCGAAGAUCUUGCGGAAAAGAUGACUUUGCCUAAACAUUUCAGCGAUACAGAGUUGCGAAGUAGAAUUCUAGAACGAAUUGCGGAGUGCUGUAUGCAACAAGGAUCUUAUCAUCUUGCAACAAAGAAAUUUACCCAGGCUGGCAAUAAAACAAAGGCGAUGAAAGCACUACUAAAGUCAGGUGAUACGGAAAAAAUCAUUUUCUUUGCUGGCGUAUCAAGACAACGUGAAAUAUACGUUAUGGCUGCGAACUAUUUGCAAUCAUUAGACUGGAGAAAAGAUCCUGAUAUCAUGAAGAAUAUCAUUGGUUUCUACACAAAAGGAAGGGCGCUCGAUUCAUUGGCCAGUUUCUACGACGCAUGCGCGCAGGUUGAAAUAGAUGAAUAUCAAAAUUAUGAAAAAGCUGUAGGAGCGUUGUCUGAGUCGUAUAAAUGUUUGAGCAAAGCGAAAUUGAAAAACCCUUCUAAACAAGAAGAAAGACUGGCUUUUAUUAAACAAAGAAUUACUUUAAUAAAGAAAUUCAUCCAGGCAAAAAGAUCGUAUGAUGGAAAUGCUGUAGAAGCGAUGCAACAAUGUCAAAUAUUACUCCAGGAACCAGAUAUCGAGACUGCAGUUAGGACUGGGGAUAUUUAUGGUGUAAUGAUUGAACAUUUAGCGAGAGAGCAGAAUUUUUCAAAAGCCUUUUCUUUACUGGAAGAAUUGCGACAACACAUCCCAAGGGGAAACGUGUCUUUCUACGUUGACACCAGAAUUGUUGAAGGUAUUCAUAAAGCAUUAGGCAUACCCUUGGAUUCCGUCAGUCACAAUGUGUUAAAAAGUAGCGAAGCUGCUGACAGUGAAGCGGAGAUAGACGAGGCUGUCGAUGAAGAUCUGGAAAAUGAAUAUGAGUGACGUCAUUUUUCAUAGUAGUCGUACGUGCUCUUCAUUUAUGUGAAUUGAACCAAACACUUAUUAAUGAUAAAUAAUUUUUAGUUAAACUGUAUCUGUGACCAGUUGAAUCGCUUAUAUUUAAAAAAGUAUUCAGAAAAAUACUACAACAUUUAACGCUAUUUGGUUUUUACAGUAAAAAUAUAUGUUGCUAUAUUUAAAGUUGCUGUUAAAUCAUCUUAUGUAUUUUAGACCCUAGUAUUACCUCUAUCAUCAAUUUAGCUGUAACAGGCGAUAUUUCUGCAUGAACAACUGUUGUCUUUAGUAGCUAUUUUCCUAAAUGAGUAGGAUUUUGCAGUGACUUUUGAAUUUAUUUUUAUUUUGUUUAUAAAAAGAAGUCUGUCUUUAUUGGUAGUUUUGUGACGUCAGAUAAACUUUUAUAGUCUGUCUUGAAAACCGCCCACAAUUUGCUGGAAUCGACCUCCUGCUAUCAUUAUAGCCAGCAGUUGAUAGUUGUAAACCAGCGAUAUCUCAUAGUCGAGAAUUGUCAAACUGUAUCAUUAAAAAUACUAUUCUCUAUUAUUACGCA